UGGUUGGAAAACCCCAAGCCCUCAACAUGGAUAUGGAUUUAAACAACGACUUGGAGAAACGCAUUUCGGAUGCCUUUUGUGUGUUCGAUCAUCAUGGUGACAAGUUCAUAGACGUGCGUGAGGUGGGCACUGUUCUGAGGCUCCUGGGGUGUGUUCCCACCGAGGAGGAGGUGAACGAAGUGAUCUCGGCCACGGAAUCCGAGGAGACCAGUGGCGAAGUGCAUUUGACCAAAUUUUUGCCACACGUCUCGCAGUUGCUCAUGGAACGAAAAAUGGAGCCCGCUCCGCCGGAGAAAAUUCUGCAGGCCUUUAAGAUAUUGGAUCCGGAAAACAAGGGUUACCUGACCAAGGAGAGUUUUGGAAAACUGAUGAUGGAGGAGGGCGAGCCGUUUACCCAGGAGGAAAUGGAUGAGAUGUGGCCAGUGGCCAUAGACCCCAUCAGCGGGCACAUACCCUACGAGUUCUACUUGAACCAGCUGAUGGUCUAUCUGUAGGCGAACAGAGUGCCAUUUGGUGAAGUUUCCAAUAUAAUAUUGCUGUAUUUCGUUUUAUAACUAAAGAUACAGCAUACCAACUUUCUCAACGUGCAAUACCUACCAUACCCAAUUUAAAUAGAGUUUUUAUGUUGUCACCCUUAUGCAGCUGUAAAAGUGCAAGUGGAGUUCAAUAAAGUCCCGGAAUUGCACUCGUUAACGGGAUGUUUUUAGCACUCCCCUGUGCAUUUGCUAU